AAUUGAAUGAGCGUCCAUUGUCGUAGUUAGAAAUAUGAAGCCAUAGACUAUAUAGAGUCAAUAGACUAAUUUUUUCGUCGCCAGACGCCACUCCACAUUCUGUGGCGAUUUAAUUUCAGUGGAUUGUGUGUGUGUCAAUUACCGCGUGUAGCGCCGGUUUUUCGCAUCUCAUCGUCAAAUAUUUUAUAUUCGUCACAAAAUGGCCAUUCACAUCAAAGACGCUGACGACCUCAAGACCAGGCUGUCCGAAGCUGGUGAGAAGCUCGUGGUCAUCGACUUCAUGGCCACCUGGUGUGGACCCUGCAAGAUGAUCGGACCCAAACUAGAAGAGCUUGCCAAUGAAAUGGCAGAUUCUAUUGUUGUACUUAAGAUUGACGUAGACCAAUGUGAAGACGUCGCAGCAGAAUACAACAUCAACGCCAUGCCCACUUUCGUUUUCGUGAAGAGCUCCCAGAAACUGGAGGAAUUCUCCGGCGCAAACAUCGACAAGCUAAAGAACACUAUCCUUAAAUUGAAGUAAAAAUAUUAAUGUUAAACAGCGGUGUGUACGCUGCCUUAUGCCGCAGGCGGACACCUGAAACUUGCAUUAUUUAUAACAUUAAAAAAAAAGAGCUUUUUAUAUAGUGGAUGUCACUUUCGUUACAGAUUAAAAAUGUUUUAAGUUUUCA